GGCUUAAGUGUAUUUAGAUUAAUUAAUAUUAAUAUUAUUAUAAAUACGUGAAAUUUUCGGUGUACGCGAAUAGUUCGCAAAAACUGUUAUACGCUUAAACUAUGGAUCGAUGCGAUUUUACGUGCUCAAAAAUUUAAUUGUAAUGAUAGAGAAUCCGCGGUACUUUGCGAACGUUCGAAAUUGCCAAAACUAUUUGCGUAAGCCUAAUCACAAAUUUAGCUAACUUAUUUUAGCAUUAUCGGGCAUGUACGGUAAAUGAAAAUAACUGCACAUCUUGAAUUUAAUUAUAAAAUAUCACAUAUCUACGCUGCCGUAGUUAUUACGUUUUGCUGUUCGAUCGAUAGAUAAGUCGUAAUAUUUUUUAUGAUCAAAAGGAUAUCUCGACUUAUGUGCGAUUUUACGGAAGCUGUACAUGCAAAUUUUAUUCUUAAUAAAAAUUGUAGAUUUGAAUAGGAGCAAUGUGGUAAUGUAUUCGUUAUAUUAUUGAUAAGAAAAUCGUUAUCUGCGUGCAUUAGACUCGGACGAGACAAAUAUUUGGAACGUUUUUUUGAUAAAAUCCACUGUAUAUUUAAUUGAAAAUUAUAAUUAAUUAUUUUACUGGUGUCUAUUGUAGUUACAUAUAUUACGCGCAUUUUACUUGUAGGAAAUGCAAGAGAAAUAAAGAACAAAUAAGAGGAAAGGAUCUGUACAACAAAAUUCUCUUUUGGUAAAUAAAGAUGAUCGCUGAUAAUUAUUUGAAGUUUUAGUGCGACAUAUAAUUACUUUUAUACCUUCUGUUGAUGCAUUACAUGUGCAUAGGUACACGUUGAAUGCCACGUGAUAGAUUUAAUAUAGCAAAGGCAUGUAUGUAUACAUAUACUUACAAUCAGAUGCACAGUUAUGCUUUUGAGUUUUCUUCGAAUGGUUUGUUCCAUAGUUUUUCUAUAAAUUUUCUGUGAAAAUGUUUUAAAAUAUUUUGUACGAUAUACAGCAAUUAUCGUUUCAUAACAGUUGACAAUUUGCGGUCGAUCGAAGAAAAAUAUUCAAAAUUUCUUAAACAUCAAGAUGGCAGUGCAGUUUAUCUAACGGGUGCAAAAUAUUUAGGAACUAUGCAGUUUGUGAUUAGGUUUCGGUCUUGCAUUGAAUUGACAAUUUCAUGUGCUUUGAAAGAUAACUAAAAUUUCAAUAAUAUUGAUUCUCGCGUUUUGUGAUUAAUAAAUAUUUGUGACAAAACGAAUUAUUUCACUGGGUGCACGUAAUAAGUAACAUGAUAGAAAAAAAUGAAGAUGAUACCGAGAACGAUAACAAUCUUGACAGGAUAAAAUUAGUAGCUGAUAAGAGGACUUUUUUGGAGAAACAGUUUUUUCAGGUUCAGAGAGAAAUUAAGGUGUCAUUUGCUCGCCUAGCACAAACAUUGUAUGCUAGAGAAAAACAACUUUUGCGACAGUCUGAAGCGAUUUACAGACAACAAGUAUCUUUGGCAUUAUCUAGCCAAGAAAUCCUUCUACCGUCUAUAACAAUACUGGACGAAAGAAAUAUCCUUGAGGAACAAAUCAAACAAUUUGGAAGAAUAGAGCUGACAGGUUCUAAUUCAACAGCUAUAACUAAUUUAGAACCAUAUAAAAUUGAGGAAUACCAAGACAUUAAUAAAGACCAUGUCAGUUUCGACAAGUCCAUAAAAAAUUCAGAAAUUAUUUCUUCCAAUACAAAGAUGGAAUUUUCGUCUACGGCAGAAGACAAAAAGAUGGAAAUUGUUUCUGGCGAAUUAAAAACUUUCAGUGUAAUAAGUUUAAUGGAAAAAUCAAAUAAUAUUGCCGAUUUUCUAGAAAAAGAUUCUGAAGAAAUGCUUGACCAGUCUUCGAACACAAACUCAGAAUUUCAAAAAACUGACUUUAAUCAUCAAAGUAUCAAUAUAGAUGAACAAGAAGAUGGAAAACAUUUCAGAAAUUCUGGAAGAAACAUUAUGGAAGAACAACAUAAUUCUUAUGAACUUCCAGAGCAAGUUCAGCAGUGGUUAGACCAAAUUGUUCUGGAAACAGAAAUAGAACCUACCAUCCACGAAGUAGAAAAGCUACCUGAAAUAUCAGAGACAUAUGUGUAUACAAACCUCCAAUUAGAAACUUAAAAUAGAUAUUUAGUUGAGCGUCCAAUCAACCCACCAUACAAUUUUUUAUAAUUUAUACUUUCUUCGUUCUUCUAGAGAUAAAAAGAUAUCUCUUCCUGGGAUCAAACCUUUCAUCACAAUUGCAUAGUUCAUAUUCAUGUUUACCUUCUCCAUGUACUUGAUUAUAUUUAUUUAUUUAUAUGUUAAACUAACACUAAUUAAUUACGAAAUGUUCGUGUUAGUAAUUAAGGAGUAAUAUUACUAUCAAUUACAAGCAAAUUUGUAAUGCUGUCAGUAUUGGGAAGCUAUUAAUUAUAAGGAUUUUCAAAAAAUAAUUUAUUACUUAUUACUAGUGACUUUAUUACCCGUGAAGCAAAGUAGUAAUUUAGUGUUAUUUUACUAGUGUUAAUGUGCACAAACAGUGAUAUUAAAACAAUUUUAAACAUGUUAAUUACAUCGUAAUGUUAACGAGACUACAGUAUCUUUUAAUUAGUUAAUACUAUUUAAACAAUAAUCAAAUUACGAUCAAUGUGUGUAGUUAUAUUUUAAACUCCUUCUGCUUAUCAACAAUUGAAAGCUUUUUAAUUUUCUACUCCUUUUUCUAACUAUUCUUAAAUGUUUUUUACAAA